CACCAUUUGUUGACAUCUGCGAUGGCCGCGUCCUGAUGCUCCGCGAAAGAGUUGCUGCCAGUUGGUUCACAAAAUUUAAAUCCCGUUCCGUGUGGAAAUCCCGUGUCGUCUGAAAAAAAACCCUGGUGCGUAGAGAUCCUUGGUGUGUGCCGUCGCCACGUUAACGGUGGCCAUCGCUGCCGACAUGGACGCGAAAGAAUCGCUGGAGUUGUCGGUUACGCCGGAGGAACUUUGCCGUACCUGUCUGGCUGCGGUCGAACGGAAUCAACUGAAACCGGUCUUUUGCAGCGAAAUUCUGGACGGAAAGAUCGUCCCCUUUCCGAAGGUGAUUGAGCUGGUAACAGGAGAACAGGUGAUCCGAGAUGAGAAACUACCCAACGGCGUGUGCGUGGAUUGCAAACGGAAACUGCGGGAUGUGUACUCCUUCAUCACGAAGGUCCGUAGUUCGAAUGAUCUGCUGUACGACAUCUUCAACGUCGCCAAACCGGUACCGAAGGCAAUCGAAGGAGGCACCGAUCCAGCGUCAAAAGUCAUUAAAAAGUGUGCCGAAGUCCAAACGGAACCGGAGCGGAAGUUCCCGAGCACCCCACAGCUGGUAGAGACCGGAACACAGUGUACGGAUAUAUCUAUCGUACGCAGAAAUCCUCCGGCAUUGAGACGCCAUGCGCAAACACAAACCAGCGAGGAGCCCAAGCUGCCGGAAAAGAGUGAAAUCGUGAUCGCAGCAAACAGCGAAUGUGCUGAAACCAGAAAUGAAUUCUCCACGAUACUUAUGGAACAGGAUGGAGUGGCGGCUACCGAUGACGGGCUUAGAUCCGAGUCCGAUCAACGUUUGACUGGCUGGCGGCUGGUUCAAAUGUUCAAGGGAGAGGAAGACACUCUGAAGGACGUCGAUGAUGAGGAUAGUGAAUCCGAGUUCGAAGUGCGGCUCGUCACUAGCGUAACGUCUGCUGCAGAGGAAUCCACAUUGUUAAGGCAGGGUAAGAUCUUGCUUAAAGCAUCCAAAUCGCCUGGCGACAGAUCAUCAUCGGAAGAGGAGCUGCUAGAUAGUGCCGUGGUGCUGGAAAAAAGCGCCGAUAAGCAACAGAAGCACGAAACGUGCCUUUACUGUAACUACACGGCACAGCCUGCUGCUGUGCUGCAGCCUGCUGCUGUGCUGCAGCCUGCUGGAAAGUGCUUUCUCGUGCAUCAGCAAACACUGGAACUGUGUUUCGAAUCCAUCGAGUACUUUCGCUGUGGCAACUGUUUCCGCGUGUUCAUGUACCAGGAACAAAUGGAGGAGCACUUUGAGGAUAGCCGUGCGUGCGUACAACCGAAACAUAUCGUGGAGGAGGAGGAUUUGAGCAGGCACGUAUCGUUCUACCGGAACGGGCUGGAUGUGUGCAUGCCAAAGCUCAAGACAUUCACCUGUACCGUGGAUGGGGAGUAUCGCUGUUUCCGGUGCCCGACCGUUCGGAAUGAUUUCGAAGCGAUGCGUGCGCACUGCAUUGAACACGACCUUGCCGACGAUCAGACGGUCGAUGUCGAUCAGAUUUGGAAGACGAACAAGUUCGAUGUGGUACACAUCUGCGGUAUGUGCGGGGCCCAAUUUUCGGACGCCACGUUCAUCCGGCAGCACGUCUACUUCCACCAGGACUCGUACCUCUGCAUGUACAACUGUGAGCAGAUUUGCGAAAGUUUUGGCCAUCUGACGUAUCACCUACAGACGAAGCAUUUAGCAGCGGCGCUUCCACUAGCGUCCGGAACCACCGGAACCGACGAACAGCAAAGCGAACCACAGGACUUUAGUUGCGGGCAGUGCAAGAAGGUGUUGCGGAAUGCGGCUUCACUGCGGAUGCACGUUAAAAAUCAUGCCCGAGAACGCAAGUUUGCUUGCAACAUCUGCUCCAAACGGUUCACACAGAAGGGCGAUCUGACGACGCACCUGCGGACACACACUAAUGAGCGACCGUACCAGUGUUUCGUGUGCGAUAAAACGUUCCGCACGCUAAGCCACCGCCGUGAUCACAUGUCGACGCACGCCGAGGAGAACAAGUUCGAAUGUGAGGUUUGCCACAAGAAGUUCAAGGCUGCCCGGAUACUGGCUGGCCAUCGUCAGCUGCACACCGGCGUAAAACCGUACACCUGCACCAUUUGCUCUAAAACGUUCGCUCGAAAGCACCACUUGAAGCAACACUCGCAGGUUCAUUGCAAACGGUGAACGGAAUUGCGCACCGGAAAGGAAUACUAGAAACGUAAGCGCUACAACCGAAUUAGAACUGAAAUGGUACAAAUGAACUAGAGCUGCUGAAAGAAAUAAAAUACCGACAAAUUCUGGUGAUGGUCGACCCAGACUCAUCAAUUA